GUCCAACUAUAAUAAUUAUCGCUCAAAGUUAAUAUUGAACAUGGUAAACAAUUCCAAGAACUCGAGUGAUCGUGAUCAAGUAUGUAAUCAAGACGGCAAGCAUGACUUAAAUUAUUUGUGCCUGCAGCUCGAUCAGUACCAAGAACAUUACAUUGAAACCCCUGUCUACAUGGAUCUGGAUGUAAUCACAACUGUAAGCGAAGCAGCUUCUUAUGAAUGUCCUGAUACAAAGAAGUCAAGUGACCAUGUUCAAGUAUGUGAUCAAGAAGCCACACAUGACUCUUUGUGCCUGAAACUUAGUCAGUGCCAAGAACUUGACGGUGAAACCCCUGUCAUGGAUCUGAAUGUAAUUACUACUGGUGAGAUUAUUACUCUCUUUGAGUGAUUAUUAAGUUAUUAUUAUUUAAGUAUAAUAAAUAAAUUUUGGAAAUACUGGUGUGGUUCCAGCUUAUUUUAGACCACCCCAAAUCUUCUUGUGAGUAUUAUUUAAGGUGACUAAGGGAAUAAAGAUUUCUUAUGUA